UAUUUUUAAAAAUUUGCACUAUAAAAAAAACGUUUUUUAACUCUCUUCCUUCUCUUUUCUUUCCACUUAUAUAACGAAUUGUCAACAAUACGGAUACAACGAUCUGUCUUCCACGUGAACACGCAUUAUCACAUCGCGAUAACCGGUUGAUUUCGAUCAUAAACGUGAUUAUAUCCGCCGUCGUCGUUCAUCAAUCUGAAAAAGUGACUAAUCCACACGCGUUAUCAAUUCCCAGCUAUCAUAACCAACUAUCCAUUAGGAGUGAUAUGAAUUUCAUUAAUGGAAAGUAAUAAACCACACACUAUAAUGUGUGUGUGUACUUAUCAAUCCCUGCGAUCUCUCACCGAUGCGCGCCCUAUGCGUAUUUAUACACGUUAUUUUCCGCGAGUUGAAUCACUACGUGGAAUUAGUCGAAUAACCGAGGUUUGCGAGAGAAGUGAUUUUGCGAGGAACUAUGCGAUGCGUUUUAACAAUUGCGAUUUUCCAACUCGCGAUUAUGAAUCGCUGCUACGCCGCGAGCGGAAUAAUCUGGCGCAAACGAGAACAAAAAUUUGUGCAGUUGUUCACAAUCCCGCAAUUUGCCGCUCUUCAAGAAGCGAGAAUGGCCGAGCGUCGAGCCCUCGAGUCCCUCGAUAUGAGAAAUGAAACAAUAAAAGCCGCGUAUUACGAGGAAAAGAACAUGGUGAUGUUCCACGACAAUGACACGACGAUCAACGGCAUUUGUGGCGAAUUGUGGUAUCUUCUCGCGGAUUAUCUCAAUUUCACAUUUAUUCCGAUAAAAACCACCGAUCGAGGGUUCGGCGGGAAGCUGGAAAAUGGUACUUAUUAUGGCAUGAUCAAUAUGGUGAUGCAAAAUAAAACAGAAGUCAUUUUGAGAACUGGAUUCUUUCAAGAUCGCAUGGAGUUUGUGGAUUACACGGUGCCUCUUUGGAAGAGCAGAUUUCACGUCUACAUUUUACCGCAGCAGCUCUUCGAUAACAAAUGGGUGUUUACAUUGUUCUCGCCGGAAACGUGGUACUUUAUAAUAUUUCUAGUCAUUGUUCUGAGUAGCGUCAGCUACUUUCUGCACAAACUGAAUCAGAAACGGAAUCAGAAACGCAAAAAGAAAGGCUCUGUAUAUUUCACUUUGAACGAUCAUUUUUUCUAUUCUUUUGCGACGAUAUGCGGGCAAGGUCACGUGCCUGACGCUUACCACAACAAAUUCAAGAUUUUGUCGUUGUCGAAGAGCAUAUUCGGGUGGCUGGUGUUGUUAUCUUUCAGCUCCCUUCUCAUACAUCGCAUGGCAAAUAGACAAACAAUUUUACCAUUCAAGGAUCUGGAUACUCUUUUCAACAAUACGAAAUACAUUCUGUUGGGUUAUCACGGCUCUUUCUUUCACACUUAUCUUAAAGAAAAGUAUCAUAACAAAGGCACUGACAAGAUUCUUCUUAAACGCGUACAAUUUAUAGACAUUGCGGAAGACUUGCAUAACACGAUCUGCAACGACAUGGAGAAGUACGCGAUGUUCGAGAUCGAGGAUCGAUUUAAGGCACUAAAUAGGCGCGGUUGUCCGCUCCAAUCCACAGGUAAUUACAACGAGACCUGGAUAACUUUCGCAAUCAAAAAGAACUUCCGCUACAAGAGAACAAUCGAUUCCGCACUCAUCAAGAUAAACGAGGUCGGAUUGUUAGACGCUUUGCGAGAUCGCUGGUUGGACACUCGAAUGCAGAAUAAGAACCCGGUCGAAUUUAAAAUGAUCGACUUACAUCAAGUUUACUUGAUCUUUCUGAUACUCUGUUACGGAACGAUAAUCUCAUUCGCGAUACUUGUAGCGGAAAAAAUAACGUAUCAUUACAAAAUGAAGAAUGUGCCACGUAAACGACGUAGACGAAAUAUGAGAAAUUUGACGAAUUUUUUGCGAUGAAAUAGAUAGCACGUGUAACAGCACAAGAGAGACCUACUUGCUCACGUUCCUUCUAUUUAUACGUUUCGCGUGAAGAAGAUAUUAAAUAUAUGAUAAAUAACGCACGAUAUGAUUUAUUGGCAAUUUAAUUCAAGAAAAUGAUAAAAACAAAAAUGUAAGCACACGAUAUUUAACAAACGUAAUUUAUUCGCUUUUAGUAAAUUAUCUUUGGUUUUUUUGUAUAAUGUAUUUUUAUCACCGCAUUUCUAAUAGCUACUUAUAUAUUAA